GUAGGUCAGGAAGGAAAAUACGUCUUAAUUUCCUCUUUUCUUUACAUUUUCUUUCAAAGAAACAUAUCAGUAGUUACCGCGAAAUUCUUAAUCUAUUCUACUUCACCAUUCAAACAAGAAGAUCCGAGCAUUUAAAUUUAGUAGCAAAUUUCCUUCGAUCAUCGGUUUUGCUCUCUUGUACUGAAUUAGGGUAACCUUCUUGUUCUCCUAUGGCCCUUUCCUCUCUCUUCUUUUAACACCGUUAAUUAGAUUUCCCUUAAUUUUCUAAGGUUUUCAGAUUCUCCGAAAUUUUCUUUCUUUCCUUCAAUUUUGACAGAGAAAACUUAAAAUUAGAUUUCCGUGGUUUUUGGGAUUGGUAUUGGGAAACUCGGGAUUUCGCUGGGAUUGGAUGGAGAAGUCGAUGAUACCGACAAAUCUUAGGCGGAAGCCUGAGAUGAGGUUACGCCGGAAAGGAGGACGGUCUCUUCGAGAGGUAUUAAAUGAGACAAGUUUGACCUAUCCACGCGACGCUAAUGCCUAUGUAAAUAGUCUUCUCAGGAUUCUACCACCACCCGGAGAGUCCGGAACUGUUUUUUCUCCGGAUCUUCAACAUCGGAACUCCGAUCCUAAUGCUUUCCGGAUCCCGCCAUCGCAAAACGAUCUGUCGGAUGAGCUGAACCCCAUUGAAUCGAGGCUAAGGAAGAGACCUUCCCAAAGCAGUGUCUCAGCUUCCCAACCGAUCCCGCCAUCGCAAAACGAUCUGUCGGAUGAGCUGAACCCCCUUGAAUCGAGGCUAAGUAAGAGUCCUUCCCAAAGCAGUGUCUCAGCUUCCCAACCGAUCCCGCCAUCGCAGAACGAUCUGUCGGAUGAGCUGAACCCCCCUGAAUCGAGGCUAAGUAAGAGUCCUUCCCAAAGCAGUGUCUCAGCUUCCCAACCGAUCCCGCCAUCGCAGAACGAUCUGUCGGGUGAGCUGAACCCCCCUGAAUCGAGGCUAAGUAAGAGUCCUUCCCAAAGCAGUGUCUCAGCUUCCCAAGCUGAAGACUUGAGCUCUGGAGUAAAAACGAAGGCCAAAACUGCUGCUGCUACCGAUAAGCUUAAAGCCUUAAAAUUUCUAGCUGCCAUUCUUCGAAUCGGACAUUGGGAGGUUAACGAGGAAUGGAUAUUUUUGCUCAUCAAUGUAGUUCUAGAGGUAUUGUUGGUGGCUUUGGAGCAAUGCGCCUCCCCUAAAAGACCUCAAUUUUCGCUAAUCGCUAUGGUCGUGUCCAUUGUGGCCAUGUUUACUUGCAUCAUUGAGCUCUUUGACAGGGGACGAAAAGCUAAAGUUGCAUUCAAACGACAGGGCCUGAGAAGUUGGUUUUACCACCCAUCUUCAAGUGAAAAGUCGUUCUAUUCCUUCAUCGACAUGUUUGCUUUGAUUUCUGGCCUUGUGCAGUACAUCUUUUCAGUUGUGGCAUAUUGCUAUCAUCGCAGGGGCCGCGAGAAUCCUAUCAAAGUAUCUGUUGUUUCUGUCAUCUUCAUCAUAUGCAUGGCCCUUUCUAAAUUUACUAGCAAUGAGAAUGUUGUAUCACCAUCAUUUAAACGGGGAUUUGAGGCAAAGACCCAAGUAUAAGGUUUCCUAUUAAAGACAAAACAGGCCAAAGAUCCCUUGUGUUGGUGGCAAGGAAUAAGCUCAAAAACUUCUGGAUUCCUGAUCCAAAUCUCACCUUACAGGAGAUGUAUAUAUCAACUAUCAAAUAAGCUAAGGAGAGCAAAGAAUAAGCAGUCGUAGGGACGAGUUUUUUUUUUUUUUUUUUUUUUUUUUUUUGUAAAAUCAAACAUGCAAAAGAGUUGUAGGAUUUACAAGCUUAAAUGGGGAUUUCUCUAUUGACUUUACUGAACUAUGGGCCAUUUUUAGUGGGGUUACUCCUGUUAAAUCCAUGAAUAUCAACAGGUUGGAAAUUGAAUCCGACUAUUUAACAU